GUCGCGGGGAGUGGAGCGCGGCCCGGAGACUCCGGCUGGGUCGGGUCGCAGGUGUCACCGCAGCUCUGGCCAUGAGGACCCUGUGGAUGGUGCUGUGCGCGUUGGCACGACUGUGGCCUGGGGCCUUGGCUGGCUGCGCAGAGGCCGGGCGCUGCUGCCCUGGUCGGGACCCAGCCUGCUUCGUCCGUGGCUGGAGGCUGGACAGGGUCUACGGAACGUGCUUCUGCGAUCAAGCCUGCCGUCUCACCGGGGACUGCUGCUUCGACUACGACCGGGCGUGUCCAGCUCGCCCGUGCUUCGUGGGAGAAUGGAGUCCCUGGAGUGGCUGUGCAGGUCAAUGCCAGCCCACGACGCGUGUGCGCAGGCGUUCAGUGCAGCAGGAGCCGCUGAACGGAGGGGCGCCCUGCCCACCCCUGGAAGAGCGAGCCGGCUGCCUGGAGUACACCUCAUCGCAGGGCCGGGACUGCGGGCAUUCCUUUGUUCCUGCCUUUAUAACCAGCUCUGCAUUCAACAAGAAGAGAACAAUACAAGCCGCAUCUCCACAGUGGUCUACACAAACUGAGGAUGUUGGAUACUGUAUGGAGUUCAAGACAGAGUCCCUGACUCCGCACUGUGCCCUGGACAACCGUCCGCUGACUCGAUGGAUGCAGUAUCUCCGAGAGGGAUACACAGUGUGUGUGGACUGUCAGCCUCCAGCUAUGAAUUCUGUGAGCCUGCGUUGUUCCGGAGAUGGCCAGGAUUCCGACGGAAACCAGACUCUUCGCUGGCAAGCCAUUGGCAAUCCUCGAUGCCAAGGGACCUGGAAGAAAGUGCGGAGGGUGGACCAGUGCUCCUGUCCGGAAGUGCACCGCUUCAUUUUCAUAUAGAGCGCCUCAGAGCCACUGCACAGCGUGCUUGCGGUGGGCUGAGUACUGCCAACCUGAGCUCAGCCAUUAGAAGCCCUCAGAAACUGUGCCAAGUCCCUGGACAUGCUCCAUUGCAACACUUCGCUUCUGAGAAGGAAAACUUAGGGGUAGUUCUCAAGGAUCACAGUCUCUUUGUUUUUAUUUUUACUGAGUUAAAGAACCAUACUAAAAGCUCUUAUGGCCUUGACCUUAAACGUUUGGCCACAGAAUGCAUGUCUGUUUGUACUAGAAUCACUACCAUGGGCUCUAGUUUGGGUAAGUUGCUGUUUAAGGGGAUCUAUGUAUUUUGUCAUUAUUGGUUUUAUUUUUUAAAUUAAAGACGGAAUCUCACUAUGUAGCCUGGAACUCAUGCUGUAGAUCAGGCUGGCCGCUAAUUCCUAGAUAUUCAACUGCCUCCUGGGUACUGGGGUAGAAGACGUGAGCCACCUAUUCUUAAAAGAUUCUUGUUUUUGUUUUUUUGUUUUUAAAACCAUCUACAUGUGACUCUUACACAUAGUGUUCCCGUGUAUUACAAGUUGUCAACUAAUUUCAAGUCAGUUGUCACAAAUAACCUGCCACAGAGAAAGGUGUGAAAAUUUCAGUUGGUGUUUGGUAGUGAAAAGCUAGCGCCCAUGAUAAGGACAUUUUUAAAGAAGAAAUUCUCCUUAGCUAGUUGAAAAGAGCAAACAGCCAUGGUAGAUCGAUAGGAAUUGCUUAAAACGUUACAAUGUCCCUGAAAUUUUGGCACCAAUGGAGUCAGAUGCUUUAUUUCUAAGCACUCUUUCAUCAUGCAUAUCUAAGAUGGUUUCCAAAAUUUAGUUCCCGAAGCAGAAUAAGACAGUCUUUUAAUGUCCGACUUCACGUUCAGUUGAGGUGCACUUACUAAUUUUCUUUCUGCAGCACAUGUUUGGGGUGAGAUGCAGAGGUACAUAUGGUAGGAGGCAUGGAUCUUCCUCUAAGUGUUACGAUCUCAUACACAGGCAAUGAAAUAUUACGAGCUUUACCUUACGGAUGUAGCCAAAUGGCACGAUGUGCUUUCAGAUCCAGGAUAGCAAGCUAUUCUGCAGUCAUCUGCGGAGGCUGGUCCAGGUUCUCAUCCCAGGCUCUGCUUCAGAAGAGAUCCUGAGCACGCCCCAGACUCCAGCCUAGGACCUCAGUCGGGUUUUGUUUUGAAGAAGGUUUUAAAUUGGGGAUAUUUUCUUUAAAGAAUUGAAUCAAUAUUUAAAAGGUUUAAUUACUUUGGUAUGAACUGAAUUGCAUUCACUAACAUGGUCAACUGGAAUGUGUAUAUUUGGCACUGAUCAUGUGACAACCGAAGGCCAGCAGCAAGCUGAAAGGGGUGGCAAACAUCUCCAAUAGGAUUUGCAACUGUAUUUUCAUUUAACUGCCAAGGCUGUUUUCAUGGAAAACAAAAUAAAAUAAA